ACUCGGGAGGAAUUUUGAUCAAACAUCCAAAGUUGAACAUCGCUAUUCCCAUCGUGACAGGUGAAGUGUGACAACUGGAACUCCACCGGCUGCACUUUAAGAAAAUUAGACUUUAACUUCACUUUUUACUUCAAGUUACUUUUUUACUCUCCUUGCAUCAUGGACCCCGCGAAGUCAGCAACUGCCCCACCUUCGGACUGGUCUGGUGAGAAGUCCACCAUGGGCCAGCCUGCCCCUCCGCCAUACCAGGAUAGCCCCCACCCGUACCAGCAGCAACUUGGAUACCCACCACAGCAACCUGGAUACCCACCACAGGUAGAGAGCCCGGUAUACCGGUCCUCAGAGGGAAAAAGAAAGGGUUUCGGAGCCCCGCCUCAGCAGUAUGGAGGAUAUGGUCAGCCGUUCCCAGGCCAGCAGACCGUCACUGUCCAGCCUGCACAGUACGUGACCCAGCCCCAGCCGGAGCACCCGAUCAAUGACUACCUGUGCUACUCCAUUUUCAACAUGCUCUGCUGCUGCCUGCCGCUCGGAGUUGCUGCUCUCAUCUACUCGAUCUCAGCCCGUGAAGCCAACCACGUUGGGGACUGGAUGGCAGCCGAGCGGAGCAGCAGAACAGCCCGGACGCUGAACCACAUUGGCCUUGGAAUCGGGAUCGGGGUCAUUGUACUCUGCAUCAUCUAUGGAGUCGUGGUUGCGUCUUUGGCUUCCCGUUAAAUCUUUCAAAACAUAUUUUUCCUCUGUUUUGUUGGCCCACACCUCAUUCUACAUCAGAUAAUCAGACCACGCCAAGGAUAUUACUAGUUAAAAAUGUUUGGACACUAAAAUCACCAAAAAACGCCUUUAAAUUGAGACAAAAAUGAUUUUCAACAGCUGAUGACUAUCUUUGUACUCCAGAGUGAGAAGAAGCUUUUUACAUGUAUUCUGUUACUGUGGACAUGUAACAUGUAGGAGGAAGUGGGGGUGAUCAGGACACAAGGUUGAAUGGGACAGUUAAACAAAUAAAGGUUUCUUUUCAAAACUUAUCUUUCAGAGCUCAAGUUGAGAUACCACUCAAGAAAAUUUCAUGCGCUGAUUGGUGUGACAUCACAUAAGUUGGCAGGGCAAGCAUCAGACAGGUUAACCCCGUAAUUCAUGAUUUAAGGAAAAUAGAAAAAGCUUUAGUUUUGUUAUCUGAAGGUCAUCAAAUUGUCCAACCUGUGAAACUACUUGAACUAGUUUAAACUUUAAAGUGAUGUACUACUGCAGCAAAACCAGUUAGAAAUGUUUCUUACAUUUUUAUUGCUUCAAAUUAGGAGGUAUUUAUCCCAUCCCAUCAGCUCAAAGAGAGUUCAGGUGGAUGGGACAGCAUCAUUUUGGGUUAUUGCAAUAUUAAGCCUUAGUGCUUGCUCUAUAAGCUCCAGAUAAAUGAUUCCCCUCCUCUUAAUGUGUGCAGACCUCCUAUCAGCCAUAAAAAAGUUUAAAGAUAACAUGGAUUUUGAAAAACGUUUGCCUUUUGCUUUUGCUUGACUCUAGUUUUUAAAAAAGUGCAUGUAAAAUCUUGCUAAACUAUUUAAAUACAGUAAACUCCCCAUAACUCAAUAAAUUCAAAAUCAUAAUAUCAAGUACCAUUUAAAUUCAAAGCAAAUACAUGAAAAAACACUCACAGGAGCUUUAAUCAUUGCUGAAAUGUUCUGUCCCAAUCAAAUGUUACUAGGAAAAAAAAGGGUUUUGGACCAGUUUAUACAAAAGCUUCAGCCAUUCCUCCAUGGAGCAUGAUAAUACCUUCCUUUCUCUUGAAUUUGAUGGGUGACAUCUAGUUAUGGAUCACAUGCUGGACUUUCUCACUAAAUUAAUGGAGAAAAAGCUAAAAGAAGACCCAAAAAAUCACAACAUCCCUGAAAUCACCUUAACCUGUGAAAGAUUCAAAUUCCAUCAACCUCCUCUGAGUUUGUGAUUAACCCUUUAUAAAUAUCUUUUGAUUUAUAAAAUAUUUCCAACUUUGUUGCUUUAAAGCCAGAGUUAAAUGCACUCAACACCACCCAGGAAUCAAGAGUUAUUCAAAGUCAGCUUUGUAUUUUCAUAUUCAAAUAGCAAGUUAAACAAUCCAGUUUUUCAAGUCCAGUUAGUCAGUUUUGCAUUUGACAAGUAUUUGUUCAAUACUGGAUUUUUUCUGUCUGUUAAACAAAAAAGUUGGCUGUAAAUAUGUACUAACAUCCUCAAAAUAUGAUGAUAUAGUAUGUUAAAAAACUAACCAGUUAUACCGUCUAAAUAAGAGUUGUAUAUCAAUAAAAGUAGAAAUAGUCGUUGAGCUUGUUAGUCAUUAUUACAGUGUAUCUGAUGUGAGUCGCACGCUACAGCAGUCCUCAGCUCACCACAGCUGAACAGGAAGCUCUUAUUCUGAAGCCACAAAAUGUUAUAUACCACUUUUCUAUGUCUGUUCUUUUCAUAACAAGUUGCAAAAGUCUGAUUUUAUCAUAUCCAAAUUUCUUUAUAAAUAAAGUAUAUUGGGAAAAAAAAA